CGACAACUUGAUUACUCAAAAUUGAGUGAACGCAAAUUAUUUCUACGUGAAAGGUUUUCCAGAACUGACCAAACUUAUAUGAGAUCAGUCACGCAUUAAUAGGAUGGUGAAAGAUCUGCAGGCAAAAGUUCUUUACGAUUUUGAAGCACAACCAGACUCUGGAGAAUUGAGUGUUUGGACAGGAGAAAUAGUAACUGUUACUAGACAAGAUGUUGGAGGAGGAUGGUGGGAAGGAAGGAAUAGUAAUGGAGAUCAUGGAUUGUUUCCAUCAACAUAUGUUGAGGUGAUUGACGGCUCAGAAUCGAGUGGUUCAUUUCAUAAAACUGAGUAUUCUGCUGAUGACAUUCAAGUAUUAGGUAGACAAGACAAUGAAGCAGCUCAAGACUGGGAAGACAGUUGGGAUGAAGAUGUUGGAUCUAAUCAAAAGACUGAUGAUUCAGGAAAAGAAGCUUCUUCUGGUUUCCUUUCAAUUCCUUCAAUGGAGAAAAAAAGCAGCAGCACUGGGGACUUAUCUGUUAUUGCUAGAGGAGAUGCUAGUGGAAAACUUGGUGUUAAAAAAAGCUUUAACAGAUUUUCAGCCUUUGUUAAAUCUGGUGGUGAAAUGUUUAUAUUGGGUGAAACAAGUGUAAAUGUUUCUCCAGAAGACUAUGUAGAAAUUUUGGAUGAUGAUGGAAUCAUUGGAUGGCUAGCGUCACCUGGUGAGCAAUAUACUUGUACGGUGUCCAAACCAAAGAAAGAAAGUAAACUUCGAGGAUUGAAAAGCUACAUAGCAUAUCAAAUAACACCUUCUUUCUCCAACAUUGAAGUUAGCAGACGCUUUAAGCAUUUUGAUUGGUUACAUGAACGAUUAGAAACAAAGUAUGCUCUCAUUCCUAUACCUCCUCUUCCAGGAAAACAAUUUUCUGGAAGGUACGAAGAUAUGUUUAUUGAACAUCGAAUGACACAGUUACAGAUGUGGGUUAAUCGUAUUUGCAAGCAUCCGGUUCUUGGCAAUAGUGAUGUUUGGAAGCACUUUAUUUCUUGCACUGAUGAGAAGCAAUGGAAAACGGGUAAAAGAAGGGCAGAGAGGGAUGAACUUGUUGGUGCAUCCUUUUUUCAUGCCAUUAAAGCUCCAGAUGCUGUUUUAGAUCCUAAUCAUGUGGAUUUGCAGGUUGAAAAUUUUUCCAAGUUUUCAGCCAAAAUGGAUAACACUGUAAAAUCACUGCAUGGAACUGCUCAGGAAUUAUGCAAGAAAUACUCAGGAUCUUAUAAAAAAGAGUUACAAAAGCUAGCUUCUUCUUUUAAAGAGCUUGGUGACACUUUUGAAAUGGAAACAUCUCCUUAUUCUACAGAUUUGACCAAAGCUAUCAAAGUUACUGGAGAUACAUAUGAAGAUAUAGCAACUUUAUAUGGGGACCAGCCACGAAAUGACUUAGAGCCAUUCGGGGACGUUUUACAUGAAUACAAAGGCAUUUUAGCAUCAUGGCCUGAAAUCAUUCAAAUACAGAAGGGAGCAAUACAUAAAAAGCGGGAACAUCAAAAGUUAUUAGAGGAAGGAAAACUUUCUCAGGAAAAUGUCUUUGCCAUUAACCGUCGUACGGACAUAAUUUCAUAUGCUGUUUUGGCUGAAAUAACUCAUUUUCAACAAGAACAAGUUGGAGAGUUUAAAAGCAUGAUCCAAGAUUUUCUGCAAGCACAAGUUCAAUUUUAUCUAAAGGUUGCCGAGAAACUCCAAUCAGCAUUAGAUCUAUAUGAUACAUAAGUUGAUAAUCAAAAGGAAAUUAUGCUUUGUUGCUGCCAUUUAGAUGUCUAGUCGUAAUAUAUUUUUUAUCAGUUGAAAAGCCCUCCUAUGCUUUAUCCUUUUUCCUAUGUAUUUUUCUAUUGUACGGCAUAAUUUAUUUAAUAUUCACUUAUAAUAUUUAAACAAAUUUAUUAAGAUCUCAGCUAUAACUUUUAUUAUAUGCUAAAAAAUGUUUGGAGCUCAAAAUUUUGUUACUUCUCCAUCAAUUAAAAAAUAAUUUACUGUGGUACUUCUCUAUGCUUUUUGGUUAGAGAGACACAAAACUCUGGAACAAAAAGGCAUCUUUCAACAGAUUAAGAAAUGUUGUAGAAAACAUUUAUCAGGUGGUACCAUAGUUUCUCCAUUGGUAAUGUUUUUAAAAUGUAUUUAAAUGUUUUGGCAUUUAAGAAAUAAGUAUAAAAUGUGGGUAGCACAUAAAUUAAGGGAAUUUGGAACCCUCUGUAUGGGUAAUGUUAAAUAGAUCACUUUCAGUGUACCUUUUCUGGAAAUUUGCUAAAAAUAUCCUCUCAAGCCUUUUUUUUUUAUAAGUCAGACAUACUUUCAAAAAUUGUUGAAAAAAUAAACAUACAUGGUUUAACUUAAUGCUCAUUUGUUAAAUACUAGAACGCAUAAAAUACGUGUUGUAAAAUUUUUUAUGGAUACAUGCACAAUAAUUUCUGAGAAAAGAAUAAUAAAACCUUCAAAAACCAUAUUUUGAGAAAACUGCUUUUUUAUAGCUCAACAAUUUCAUCUAAAAAUAUAGCAUCAUGAUUCAUUUAAAACAAAAUUUUGAGACUUCACUUUUUAACAUUUACGGGUUCCAACAUCACUUAAAUACUAGUAUGUACAACUUAAGAAAGCCUUUAUGCAAUUUUUUCAAACAUGUGAAAAGCUGAAAUAUUUAUACAAAUACAGGAGAACACUAAAAUCCAAUUUUUCGGAGAAUCUUUGUUUAGUUGUAACAUGAAUAUGGGAUAAGAAUACAGUGCACUUAUUUUCAGCAUUAAAUCAGAGGCGUUUUUUAAGUGCCUUUCCAGAGCAAAACAGCUGUUAAAUUAUUUCAUCAACUCACACCAUGUUUUAUAAACUUCUUUUCAUAAUUCAUUGUGCUGUUUGAAAAUCAUUCUUCAGUUAGUUUGUUGAAAUUGGCUAACAUUACUUUGCAAAUGUGGCACAGUUUGGAAAUUUAAAAGGUGAAAACUAUGUGCAUUGUGUUCCUCCUAACACUGAAAAAAAAAGUUCCGGUAGUACACAAUGGCUUGUACAAUAUUCUUCCAUUUCCCAUUAAUGAGCAACACAGUUGCAACAGUGAAAAACGUUUGACACAAAACUGAGGAGUCCAAUUUUUUUGUAUGUUUACAGACUUUCUUGUUGAAAGUUUUGCACUCAAUUGUACAUUAUAUUGUUUGGACCACUGUAUAAUUUAAUGUUAACUCAGUUAAGUUUUUUCGUGUUAAACAUUGCACUGUACAUUUUAAAAAAAUAAUUAAUUAAAUGAAGUUGCAUUUUCAUCUUAUCUAGUCAUUUUCUUCCUAUUCAAUUCCUUUGUGUGUUGUAUUAAAUAUGUUCUUUUAUCUAAAGCUUUUCUAGUCAUUUUCUUAGCUACUAAUGCAUUUUCACUUUUGCUUCAAAUAUGAUUUGAUGAAACUUUUUUACAUAAGCACUCAGACAAAAAUAAUGAAAAAAGAAAAAAAAAAUCAUUUUGUGUGUAUUACUGGAAAAAAAAUGGAGGAGGAGAGGACAAAACAACAGAAGCACAGUGUUUUGAGCUUUAAGAAAGUCAAGAAUUCUUAUGUGAAGAAGGUUUGACUGUAUGAAAUUGUACUAUUAAAAUUCUAUUUUGAUUUAAAGAUUUUUUUUCCUUUUGCUUGAAUUAAAAUCAUGUAUUAAGUUAUAGGCAUCUCAUCCCCCCCCCCCCCCAGAUUUCCUGUUUUAUUAUCUUAUAUGUUUGCAAUUUUGAGAUUAUACAUAUUUUUACCACAUUUUUAUGACACAGAAGCAGCUAUGCAGUGAUUUAUUUGAAUCUCAUUCACAUUUUACUUUGUUAUAGUAUAAUUAUAUUGUUAAAAUCUGCAAUUGAGCUUUAUUGAUGUGCAUUUUUUGCAUUGUUUUGAUAAAGUUU